AAAAAAUUGUCGCCAUCAGAUGUUUAGAUUCUGUCAAAACACACAAAGACCUGCAUUCUUGAUUGGACUUGUCACCUGUAGGUUCAGGCAAAUACGAUUCAAUCUAAAAGUGAAUAUUUUUUCAUUUUCUCUGAAUAUUCUACUAUUUCAAAUAGUUCCAUUGGUUUUCUAUAAGGAAGAAAAUUCCGUGCAAGUUACUGAAUGAAUAUUAUGGAAAAGUUGAGAUACAAUAAAGAUGCAAAAAAAAUUUAGAGAUAUCAUCAAACAGCACUUCCCCAUAUUAGUUGAUGAAAUAGAACCAGAAGCUUUCGCCCAUUAUUUGUUGAGAAAAAAAGUGCUAAAAAAAGGAGAGGUUAACAGAAUUUUAGCUGAUAGAGGAAAUUACAAACACAAUAAUAGACUUCUCCUGUUUCAAAUACUCAAGAAAAGUGAUGCUCAUUAUCAUGACUUUGUAGAAGGCUUGGAGCUAUUCCAGUUGAAACAUCUUUUUGUUGGGAAUCCACGGAGCCAUAUCAAAGUUUUCUAUCAAGGCAACCAAAAUACACCAGAUGAGGAACUCGUUGAUUUUUCGAACUUGACCUUGCACAGUCCUGUUGACCGCAACAAUAGAACCAGUACAAGCGCAAUCACUAACUAUAAUGAAAAACCUCUAGAUGUUAAAGUAAAAUUAGCUACAAAUUUUCAACAAACAGAUUCAGAUAAUGUGUAUGAUGCAAAAUCAUCUAAUAGAGGCCAAGUCUUAAUUAUCAAUAAUAUAGUUUUUGACAGUCAUUCAAGAAGAGAAGGUUCUGAACAUGAUGUGAAAUGCCUGGAGAGUUUGUUCAAACAAAUGUUCUUCAAAGUUGAAAUUGAAUCAGAAUUGAGUGUGACUGAAAUGGAGAAAGUUAUCCGGAGGUUUGCAGCGUUUAAUUCAAAUAAAAUAUCUGAUAUAUGUAUUGUGGUUAUUAUGAGUCAUGGAGAAGAAAGGAAUAAGGAUCUUGUUGUUAUUGAUAAGACUAACAAUGGCCUCAGUACCUCAUGGAUUGAAGAACAAUUCACUAAUGUGAAUUGUGGUCUGUUCUCUGGAAAACCCAAAAUACUCUUAUAUCAAAUGUGCAGGGGCAUUCAAGAUGAUUAUGCAAUUACUAGUUCACCAAGAAUCAAUAGAGAUCCUAGUUCGGUUCAAUAUGAUAGUGAGGAUUCUGUUCAGACAGAUUCUGGAAAUAUGCUCCUUCCUGUUGAACGUCGAGUAGAAGAUAUGCUUAUUGGGUAUGCAACCCAGAAAGGACACAGAGCUCAUAGAGAUCCUAACGUGGGAUCAUGGUACAUUCAGUUAAUCUGCAAAGUUUUUAUGGAGAAAGCUCAUAAUACAGACAUUGUGAGUAUGUUGAAUGAAGUGGACAGAAAAUUGAGAAGCAGAGCUAGUCCCCAGUACACAAUGCAGACUGCAAGUUACACAUCGAAUGGCUUUAAUAAAUUAUUGUAUUUCAAUCCUGGCAUCUAUUUGGAUAAUGUUGGGAAUACGCAAAGAUUUGUUGAGUCAGUUUCCUAGGUUAAGUAGAAAAAUAUUUUUUUAUUAUUGCAAUAAUAUUAUUUACUGGAAUAAAUUAUUUUAUACAUA